ACGCGCCCGCCGGCUUCGGUCCGCGGAAGACUGCUGCUCCGUGCCACCAUGGAGCGCAUCGACGGGGUGGCCGUGGGCCUCUGUGCCCAUUCGCCCUACCUGCGGCCUCUCACGCUGCACUACCGCCAGGACGGUGUCCAGAAGUCCUGGGACUUUAUGAAGACACAUGACAGUGUGACUAUUCUCAUGUUCAACUCCUCUCAGAGAAGCCUGGUGUUGGUGAAGCAAUUCCGGCCAGCUGUAUAUGCAGGCGAGGUAGAGCGGCACUUCCCAGGGUCCCUGACAGCUGUGAACCAGGACCAGCCCCAAGAACUUCAGCGAGCACUGCCUGGCUCAGCGGGAGUGAUGGUGGAACUCUGUGCCGGUAUUGUGGACCAGCCUGGGCUCUCACUGGAAGAGGCGGCCUGCAAGGAGGCUUGGGAAGAGUGUGGCUAUCGCCUGGUUCCCACCGACCUGCGCCGAGUUGCCACAUACAUGUCUGGAGUAGGACUGACCGGCUCCAGGCAGACCAUGUUCUACGCGGAGGUGACAGAUGCCCAGCGAGGCGGGCCUGGUGGAGGGCUGGCCGAGGAGGGAGAACUCAUCGAAGUGAUCCAUCUGAAUUUGGAUGACGCGCAGGCCUUUGCAGACAACCCUGACAUCCCCAAGACUCUCGGGGUUAUCUAUGCUAUCUCUUGGUUCUUUAGCCAGGUGGCUCCCCAUUUGAAUCUCCAGUGAGACCCUGGGUUGGACAGGCCUCUCCAUCCACUCAUCCUCCUGCCCUACAGACCCAAUAAAGCUUGUGUAAGUUU